CAAACCAGCAGAGGGGCGUAUUAAAAAAUCACUGGCAGCGCGCUGCGACAGAAAACAGCCUGUAUAGCAUGCCCAUAGUGAAGGAGUGUGGAUUGACUGCGGUUUGGUUUACACCAUUUGGACACGGUGAGGAACGGGACGCACUUGGAGCUUGGAUUGGAUAGCUGCUGGUUUUAAACUGCGCAGAACUCAGCCCAGAAUUAUCAACACCACGCCUAUAUUCGCCACUAAUGGACGGAUAAUGUUCGUGGUUGAAAAGGAUAACUAUUCAAACUAGAAAGGAUUAUUUUGGGGGGAUCCACUUCUUGGCGGUUGGAUGGUGUGCGAAAGGUAGCCACACCAGCAAGUUCACUCUCUACGCAAAUUCAAAAUGACAAUUUUUGGAUAGGGGAUAGCCUAUGUAAUGCAUAAGGGAUCAUUUGUGUCCAAAGCAUCAAACCCCAGGAGUGCUGCAUACCACAGAUGAGAGAGAAGGAACGAGGUUUGAUUCUGAAGCUAAAUAUUCGUGUAAACAGUGGAGAAUGCAGUGGGGGGAAACACGGGUCUGGAGCUGGGAUGCACGUUUCUUGAUCGUGGAGAGGACUGCACCUGGAGUGCAACCAGCAAUAGCCUACAUUUCUAUAACAUACUAAAUUGUGCGCAAGAAAAUUGUCCCGCUGUUAUUUAAAUACUUUUCUCAUGGGUAGUGUUAUUCAGUCGCCCUGGCAGCAUUUGGAUAAUUAACUUUGGAGAUCCAUGCCAACAUAGAAGGAGCAUAGUUCAAGGGGAUACCACAGGAAACAUUGCUGAAUGGACCUUUAACUUUGGUUUAACGUUAUCCUUUUUACACAGCGAAUCCGGACUCGCUUUUUGGCACAUUUGAAGAACGCUCUCCACCGAGGCUGGUCUGAUGUAAUUCAAAAUAAACAAAAUCAACCUAACCUGAUCCCAAACACAAACUUUAGACAGAUUGUAUUUUAUUACGUCCUACCCCCCCUUUCCCAUUAAAAGUGUACUUCUGAACCUCGAAGUGGCUCCGAAGUGGUGUUGUGACUCCUCGCCCGCAGCGGAUCCGGAGCUUGGAGUGUCUGGAGCGGGAGGAGUUGGCGGCGGACCCCCUGUCACACAGCAGGGACCCAAGACGGGUAGGGUGAAAAAGAUGGUUCGAUUGGCGGCAGAACUGUUGUUGCUUUUUGGACUUCUACUUCUUACCUUACAUAUUACGGUGUUAAGGAGCAGCCCGCUGAAUCAAGGGAAUUUAACUUUGAGCCAGGAUCAGCAGUAUACAGUGAUUGCAGAGAAUAAUGUCAGAACAGAGAGCAGUUUGUUAGCCCAGCAGGGUCCAGGGAAGCGGAGAGGAUCAGAGCCCCAGUCAGCCCAGAGGCCUGCUGCCCUCCCCUGGGCCCCGAGUCAGGCUACCGGAGGCAGCCUGCAGAGAGACAGGCCUGGGGCCUUCCUCCUGGACCUCAGCAACUUCCCUGACCUCUCCAAGGCUGAUAUAAACCGACAGAACCCAAACAUACAGGUGACCAUAGAGGUGGUGGACGAUCUAGACUGGGCGGAGCAUGAGAAAGGCCUGAAGAAGGAGAACAAACCAGGUUUGGCCGCUCCCAACUGGAGAAACUGGUGGCAAACCACCUCCUCUUCAUCCUCCUCCUCCUCUUCUUCUUCGGUCUUGACCCCACGUCGACCCAAGGAGCAGGCUAGGGAGCAGCAGCCCACCGACAGAGGAGGAGUAGCAAGUGGCAGUAACACAGAGGAUAGUAACUUCCUAAAACCACUAGGGGGCUGGGAGAGGAGAGGAGGCGCAGGAGGAGGACGUGCCAGCAAGGUUCAUGCUGAAUAUGACUAUAUAGAUGGAGACGGUGGCUGGAGUAACUGGUCUCCAUGCAGUGUAACCUGUGGGAACGGGAACCAGAAGAGGAUCAGGUCAUGUGGUUACGCCUGCAGCGCCACAGAGUCACGCACCUGUGACAUGCCACCCUGCCCAGGUAUUGAAGAUGCGUUCAAGACAGCCGCCACUGAGGUCAGUCUACUGGCUGGAACAGAUGAGUUCAACGCUACAGAGCUCUUUGGUGUCGACACAGACAGCUGUGAACGCUGGAUGAACUGUAAGUCUGAGUUCCUGAAGAAAUACAUGACCAAAGUCUCCAGCGACCUCCCCAGCUGCCCCUGCUCCUACCCCACCGAGGUGGCCUACAGCACGGCCGACGUCCCCGACCCCGCCACACGCCGGGACUUCCGCUGGAAAGACGCCAGCGGCCCCAAGGAGAAACUCGAGAUCUACAAACCCAUGGCCCGGUACUGCAUCCACUCUAUGUUAACUCUAGAGUCCACUACUCUGGCCGCACAGCACUGCUGCUACAAUGACAACAUGAAGCUCAUCACCCGGGGUAAAGGAGCAGGAACACCCAACCUCAUCAGCAACGAGUUCUCUGCUGACCUCCACUACAAGGUCGACGUCCUGCCCUGGAUCAUCUGUAAGGGGGACUGGAGUCGCUAUAACCAGGUCAGGCCUCCUAACAACGGGCAGAAGUGCCCAGACAACCCCCUGGAUGAGGAUUACCUCAAACAAGUUGAGGAGGCAUGGGAGUUUUAGAGCUGGAGAGAUGAACAUAUUAAGGGAAAAAACAUAUGAAAUAUUUGUAUGAAUCUUGUACUUCAAUUGCUGCUUCAAACCAUCCAAGGCUAGAGUCCAAAUGAACAGGUCUGUCUGUUGAUAUCAGCCAACGUGAUAAAGAGACAACGUAUUGCUCACAUGGACACAUCAUUGUCCUCAACAGAGACUAUGGACUUUAUUUUAAUGAAACCUAACUCAAUGGUAAUUCUAACCACUGUCGCUAGGGCUACAGGUUCGGGGGCGUGUCAGAAAUAUUUUUGGCUAUUUUCAUAACCAGAAUUAUUGUCUCAGUAGCAGGCGGUGGUGCUUAAGGGCUGGGUUUUGAUAGCAGGCGGUGGUGCAUAAGGGCUGGGUUUUGAUGGCAGGCGGUGGUGCAUAAGGGCUGGGUUUUGAUGGCAGGCGGUGAUGCAUAAGGGCUGGGUUUUGAUAGCAGGCGGCGAUGCAUAAGGGCUGGGUUUUGAUGGCAGGCAGCGGUGCAUAAGGGCUGGGUUUUGAUGGCAGGCGGUGGUGCAUAAGGGCUGGGUUUUGAUGGCAGGCGGCGGUGCAUAAGGGCUGGGUUUUGAUGGCAGGCGGCGGUGCAUAAGGGCUGGGUUUUGAUAGCAGGUGGCGAGGCAUAAGGGCUGGGUUUUGAUGGCAGGCGGUGGUGCAUAAAGGCUGGGUUUUGAUGGCAGGCGGUGGUGCAUAAGGGCUGGGUUUUGAUAGCAGGCGGCGGUGCAUAAGGGCUGGGUUUUGAUAGCAGGCGGUGGUGCAUAAGGGCUGGGUUUUGAUAGCAGGCGGUGGUGCAUAAGGGCUGGGUUUUGAUAGCAGGCGGUGGUGCAUAAGUGCUGGGUUUUGAUGGCAGGCGGCGGUGCAUAAGGGCUGGGUUUUGAUGGCAGGCGGUGAUGCAUAAGGGCUGGGUUUUGAUAGCAGGCGGCGAUGCAUAAGGGCUGGGUUUUGAUGGCAGGCGGUGGUGCAUAAGGGCUGGGUUUUGAUAGCAGGCGACGGUGCAUAAGGGCUGGGUUUUGAUAGCAGGCGACGGUGCAUAAGGGCUGGGUUUUGAUGGCAGGCGGUGGUGCAUAAGGGCUGGGUUUUGAUAGCAGGCGACGGUGCAUAAGGGCUGGGUUUUGAUGGCAGGCGGCGGUGCAUAAGGGCUGGGUUUUGAUGGCAGGCGGCGGUGCAUAAGGGCUGGGUUUUGAUAGCAGGCGGCGAUGCAUAAGGGCUGGAUUUUGAUGGCAGGCGGUGGUGCAUAAGGGCUGGAUUUUGAUGGCAGGCGGUGGUGCAUAAAGGCUGGGUUUUGAUGGCAGGCGGUGGUGCAUAAGGGCUGGGUUUUGAUAGCAGGCGGUGGUGCAUAAAGGCUGGGUUUUGAUGAAUAAACAAGUUGAUGCUACAGAAUGUCGAAGGCUUGUUGACCCCUCACUGGCCAAUCAGAAUGGGCUCCAUGGCUAAAUUAUGUGGUUUCUUCAAGCUGUGUAUUUAUGGUAUUUUAUGUAUUGCGUUGUCAUUAACUCCAUUAACUCCAAUGUCCGUUAUAAUUUGUUAAAGAGCCUACAGAAACAAAAUAACAACAUGUAGACCUAUCCUAUAUUUACUAAACAUAGUACAUUUGUAGUAAAUGUUUUUGAACAGUAAUUGCUUCAAUAUGCACAUAUAUUGUUAACAUAGCAUUCACACUGAUAUACAGAGAACGUAUGUGAACCCUUUGAAUGACCUGGAUUUCUGCAUAAAUUGGUCAUAGAUUUGAUCUGAUCUUCAUCUAGGUCACAACAAUAGACCAACACAGUCUGCUUAAACUAAUAACAUACAAACAAUUAUACGUUUUCAUGUCUUUAUUAAUCACACCAUGUAAACAUUCACAGUGGAGGGUGGGGAAACGUAUGAGACCCUUUGUAUUUAAUAACUGGUUGACCCUCCUUCGGCAGCAAUAACCUCAACCAAACAUUUUCUGUAGUUGCAGAUCAGACCUGCAAAACGACCAGGAGGAAUUUUGGACCAUUCCUCUUUACUCUUAACAACCUCCUUACCAUCAGCCAAACACAGUAUCAUAACACAGUCUCCUUACCAUCAGCCAAACACAGUAUCAUCACAACACAGCCUCCUUACCAUCAGCCAAACACAGUAUCAUCACAACAGUCUCCUUACCAUCAGCCAAACACAGUAUCAUAACACAGUCUCCUUACCAUCAGCCAAACACAGUAUCAUCAUAACACAGUCUCCUUACCAUCAGCCAAACACAGUAUCAUCAUAACAGUCUCCUUACCAUCAGCCAAACACAGUAUCAUCACAACACAGCCUCCUUACCAUCAGCCAAACACAGUAUCAUCAUAACACAGUCUCCUUACCAUCAGCCAAACACAGUAUCAUCAUAACACAGUCUCCUUACCAUCAGCCAAACACAGUAUCAUCACAACACAGUCUCCUUACCGCCAGCCAAGCACAGAGCCUUCAUUUGUAUCAUAUAUGCCUCUGUAAUGAUCAAUGUAAUGAUUAAAAGUAAAACUGUAUAAUGGA